UAUUGCAUGCUUAUUUCUUCAGAUGAAUUGUCGUUGCACUUCAUUAGGUGUUUCUUACAUGUUCUUACAAAACACCAGGAAAUUAAACGAUCUGUUAGUCUUAGUUCAAAAACGUUUUUAUAAACGAAUCAAUUAUAAACGAUCUAACGAAAAAGCAGGAAUGGACAAAGUGAAACACAAGUCUCGUCUUGAUGCGUACAAGAGCAAGGUGACCGAGAUACCAGUCGCAGCCAAAGUACACCUCUCUGUUCUGAGCACCGGUGCACAGGGAACAGGAAAGAGCUUCCUUCUCAUGCUAAAUCAUGACAGGUACCUGUUCAAUGCUCCUGAGAUGGUGCAGCGUCACAUCGAUGAAGUUGGGCCUCAAAAAUUGAGUGUAGUGGACAACAUUUUCUUUACAUCGAAGAGAGAUGAGACUGUUGGUGGAUUGAUUCCCUUUCUCCUAACAAACUCAGGACUGCAUCACCAAUCCACUUUGAAACUUCAUGGUCCGCCACAAGUGGGUGCCUUCUUGAGCAUGAUCAAUGAAUUUGCGGAUACUAAUGUCAAUGCAAACCUUAAAACAGAAUAUCGUGGCAUUCAACAUAAACAGUACAAAGAUAGGCAGGUGACUGUGGAUUAUGUCCCUUUGUAUGACAGUAGUGGAUUACGUCCAAUUUGUCCAGACUCACAAACAUCAGAAGUCAAUAAGGAGAGGUCACAGAAAAGGCCAGGUAAAAGGUCAGAACAACCUGGGCAAAGUGAAGAGAAAACUGAAAAUGAACUGUCCCUUGAAGAUGCAAGGGAGAUUGAACUUGCUAAACACAUGGUGAUGGCGUAUGUUGUACAUUUUAAGGAGUUGCCAGCAAGAGUGGAUAAUAUAAAACUAGCAGCCUUAAAGGUCAAACCAGGUCCAUGGGUAGGACAGCUUGUGAAGGGAGAAACGGUCACACUGUCUGAUGGACGAGUGGUGAAGCCAGAGGAUGUGCUAAUGUCUUCCAGGGAAAGCUGUUUCGUUGGCCCACUUGUUGUGUUGGAAGUCCCUAGCGGGGAUUAUCUGGACUCCCUGGGAGAGUCUCAAGAGUUGUGUAACCUUGGUACCCAACCAGGAAAGCUGGGCCCAGAAUUGGUGGUGCAUCUCACACCACAGGCAGUUCUAGAUGAUCCCAGAUACCAGGCAUUUAUGAACAGAUUACCCUGUCAACAUCUGAUAUUGAAUGAGAGGGCCGGGAGUUGCAACAUGUACAGCGCUUUCAGGGUGGCUGUAAUGAGAAACUACAUACACAAGGAGAUGUUUCCAAUGCCUGUGGGCUACACCCAUUCCUGUCAACCGGCAGAGAGUCCUAAGCCUGAGAUUACCUAUGGGGUGUAUGGCCUCCAGUAUCAUAUCAGACCACAUAACAACAGAGGAUAUAACUGGGAUAGUGUGCCAAAAUAUGAUCGAGCGGUUGCCCUGGAGGAGGUUAAGGAGAAGAUAGCACUGAAUCGUCGGGCCCUUAACAAGAAUGGUGGGAAUGGGGAGGAUUCCCGUUAUUCCUGGGACUCAUUCCUGGCAGAAUAUGAAAAGUUUUCCCAGUUAAUACAAUCACCGGAGAAGACAGGUAUAAUAUUUGAUAGUGAGUAUCCUGAGAUAACAUUUCUGGGCACAGGCUCGGCAAAACCGUCGUAUAAACGUGGAACAUCUGGCAUUCUCCUGCAGAUGAGACCUGAUGAGUACAUAUUGUUGGACUGUGGGGAGGGAACCUGGCAGACAAUGUUGGUUCUAUACGGGAGAGAGAAGAGCGAACAUAUCCUGACCAACCUCCGGGCUAUCUUUAUAUCUCAUCUGCACUAUGACCAUCAUGGAGGAUUGUUUUCAUUGCUGAAAGCCCGUCGCCAAAGUGUUCAGUCACGGGGUGGUGAUGUGAAAACUGAUGAGCCCCGCCUACUUCUUCUAGCCCCUAACUCAUACAGUCGUUGGAUUGAUCUCUACUCCAAGCAUAUAGAGGAUGUCUCACAGGAUGUCAGACUGUGCCCUCAUAGUGUAGCCAUCUCCAAAACAAAUCCACUGCAUGGCGAGGAAACCAGCAUGAUCAAACGGCAACUUGGCCUUAAAGAGUACACACUGAGCAAGGUCUGGCACACUUAUUACUCUGCAGCUAUCAUAAUGACGCACCAAGAUGGCUGGAAGUUGGUUUACUCUGGGGACACCAUGCCAUGUAAAGCACUUAUCAAAGAAGGGAAAGACUGUGAUAUUCUUAUCCAUGAAGCAACCUUUACGGAUGAGCAAUUUCAACAUGCACAGUUAAAGCACCACAGUGUGAUGAGUGAGGCGAUUGAAGUGGGCCGGGCGAUGAAUGCCCGCUACACGCUUCUCACCCACUUUUCCCAGAGAAUACCUGACAUUCCCCCCUUCUGUGACCGCUUUACAGAGAAUGUUGGAUAUGCCUUUGACUUCAUGCAGGUUCGACCAAGAAAUCUCCAUCUAUUGUAUCACAUGAAGCCGAUGUUCGAGAGUUUAUUUGGUGCUUACAUACGAGCGAAUAUUGUUGGAUCCAUAAAUAAAUCAAGGAUUGAUGAUGGUGAGCAGGCCAUUAGAAAGACUAGCAGAAAUAAAAUUUAUCCAAAGUUUAAAACUCUUGAAGAUAGCCUGGCAUAUAUAAGGGGUGACUGUGAAAUUGAUCAAUUAAAAGGGUCAGACACAAGGGACAGUGAAAGUGAUAGUGAGAAAAACAUGGACAAUACAGGCGGCAAGAGGAAAGUGGAAGACAGCAAUAUCAUCGUGAAGCGUGCCAGAUAGCACUAUGUGUGUUAUGAAAACAAUGAUGACAAAUAGGUGUCAAGGAACCUGAAAAAUGUCGCUAAUGUUUUUAUUAUUGGAAAAGUCUAAUUUCUAAUAUGAAUAUGUAUUUCUGGAAUGCUGAGACUGUUUUGUCAGUAUGAUGUUUGUAUACAUGAAUGUCAAACUAUGUGUUCUGAUGUACAAGCAAACAGGUCUAAAAUACUAAUUAAUUCUCUUUAAUAAUGCAUUUAAAACAGAGUGCAGUGAAAAUAAAAGUGUUUUCUACUAAGAUCAAGUCACUGAAAUCUGAUUAACUACUUUAUUGGAAGAGUAAGAGAGCAAGAUGAUAUACAGAGAUUAAAAUGAAAUGACCACAUCAAUUGAGUUCUAUAAGUUACAGGGAUCUUCAAAAGAAAACUGCAUUUUUAUUGAUUUUUAGCUCGACUAUUCGAAGAAUAAGGAGAGCUAUACUACUCACCCUGGCGUCGGCGUUGGCGUCACACCUUGGUUAAGGUUUUGCAUGUAAGCACCUUUAAGUCAUUAUCUCAGUAAAUACAUCAGUUAUUGCAUUGAAACUUUGGAUAUGUAUUCCCAACUAUCUUACAUACUAAAUUAAUGAAGUUAGAUAACAAUUAUAUGAAUAUAAUGCAAAUAAUAGGCCUUUAUUAUUCGACUUAGAAAUUCUGGUUAAGGUUUUGCUAGUAAGCACACAUAGGUUAAUAUCUCAGCAACUACUUGAGGUAUUGCAUUGAUACUUGAUACAAUGGUACUCAACCAUCCAACCUACUAAAUUAACCAAGUAAGAUAACUCUAGUUUGCAUUUAAUGCAAAUAUUUGCCCUUUAUUAUUCGACUUAGAAAUUCUGGUUAAGGUUUUGCGUGUAAGCACACAUAGGUCAAUAUCUCAGCAACUACUUGAGGUAUUGCAUUGAUACUUGAUACAAUGGUACUCAACCAUCCAACCUACUAAAUUUACCAAGUUAGAUAACUCUAGUUUGGGUUUAAUGCAAAAAAUUGCCCUUUAUUAUUCGACUUAGAAAUUCUGGUUAAGGUUUUGCGUGUAAGCACACAUAGGUUAAUAUCUCAGCAACUACUUGAGGUUUUGAAUUGAGACUUUAUACAAUGGUUAAGUCAGCCAUCCAACCUACUUAAUUAACCAAGUUAGAUAACUCUAGUUUGCAUUUAAUGCAAAAUAAUUGCCCUUUAUUAUUCGACUUAGAAAUUCUGGUUAAGGUUUUGCAUGUAACCACCUUUAAGUCAAUAUCUCAGCAAAUAUAUCAUGUAUUGCAUUGAAACAUUAGAUAUGUAUUCGUACCAAAACGAUGAAAUUAAAGUAAAAACGCGUCUAUACGCAAGUGACACUUCAUACAUAAAUUAUUUUGCUUACGAAAUAUUGAUUUAAUAAGCAGAAUUGACAUAGAAAUUCUGGUUAAGGUUUUACAUGUAAAUGACAUAGAAAUUCUGGUUAAGGUUUUACAUGUAACCACUUUUAAGUCAAUACCUCAGCGAAUACAUCAUGUACUGCAUUGAAACUUUACACACAGGCUCCCAUCUAUUUAACCUUCUUAUUUAAUCAGGUAAGAUAACUAUAUCUUAUAAUAUAUAAUUUUUGCCCCUUUAUUAUGCAUCUUAGAAAUUCUGGUUAAGGUCUUGCAUGUUAGCACACAUAGGAUAAUAUCUCAGCAACUAUUUGAUGUAUUGCAUUGAGACUUUAUACAAUGGUAUUCAACCACCCAACUUAAUUGAAUAACCAAGUUAGAUAACUGUAUUUUGCAAAUAAUGGCCCUUUAUUAUUAGACUUAGAAAUUCUCGUUAAAAUUUUGCAUGGAACCACAUUUAUGUUAAUAUCUCAGCACACCAUGUAUUGCAUUGAAAUCUAAUCUAACAGUGACCCAUGCACGUUUCUCCAAAACUUUUCAAUCCUUACUUUGAAAAGCUGCGGAAUAGUCGAGCGCGCUGUCUCUGUGACAGCUCUUGUUGUUGUUGAAAAUGUUUACAAUCUGAACAAUGGUUGGAAGUAGUUGACUGUUGCCAUUUUAAAUAUCUUAUACAGCUGUUAAUUGAGAAAUUAAAAUAAUAAAUAAGU